AUGUCGUCACCAGCACAACGACGGAGGGGUCGUUCCUCCAAAAAUGCUUCAUCGCCUGCUUCUUCCGCUCGACAGGAGCCCCCUAGCAGUCCGACUUUUCAAGCCACCCCCCGUGCUUCGAGGAGGCUAAUGGCCGAAGGUGUCGCUCCGUCUUCAUCGCCAAUUUUCUUCCAAUCAUCACCUACCAAGGGAAACAAUAAUGCUGAGACCCCUGAUGAGCGCAUGGGCGAUGCCAGCUCAACAGUGGAUGACGGAGAAAGAACCCCACGAGGAAACGCGGGCGUGAGAGACUCCUCCCCAAUUAAUUACAUCCCCAGUUCUAGCCCGACCCGCGGCUUCGGCCGCUCAGACAUUCGCUCCGAUGCUGUGAGCACCAGCAGUGGAUUGUUUGUCUCUCCGUCAGGCCAGGGCCGACGUGGAGCUCCCCGUCGCAGUGAUUUAAACUCGGGUGGCUUUGGCUCUACUCCCGCUCGCCGCAAUCGCCUGUUUGUCGAUGGCAAUGGCAUGCCUGCGCCAGGUGAACCUCUCCCCCGCUCCGAUGCCACUUUCUCAAACCUCAACCCCGGCACCUCCGAGGCCGACGCCAUGGCCGGUAACUCGACCCGUGUGAUCUGGGGUACCAAUAUUUCGAUCCAGGAUUCCAUGUCAGCAUUUAAGAACUUCCUGUAUAACUUCGCCACGAAGUACCGUCUCUGGGCUGAGGGCGCUUCUGAAGAUGAGACCAGAAUCAUGGGCGAUGCAGCUGAGAGACGCGAGUACAUUACCAUGCUGGACGACUUACGACGACUUGGUGUGACCUCCUUGAAUCUCGAUAUUGCAAACCUAAAGGCAUAUCCUUUGACUCGCAAGUUAUGGCACCAGCUUGCUGCAUAUCCACAAGAAAUCAUUCCACUGAUGGAUCAGGCUGUGAAGGAUGUCAUGGUCGACUUGGCCCUCAAGGAGAUGGAUGUUCUGCGAACAGAGGCUCAACGAGGAGCGCAGGGCCGUGACCGACGGGGCCAGGCUAUCCUCACCUCGGAUGGCGUUGUGCCAAACGCAGAUGUACCCGAUUUGGUCGGUGAAGUUGAGGCGAUAAGCUACAAGGUUCUUCCAUUUGGCUUGGAUGAGACUGUAAAUAUGCGAGACCUCGACCCGGCUGAUAUGGACAAGCUGGUCAGCAUCAAGGGUUUGGUCAUUCGGGCGACUCCCAUUAUUCCAGACAUGAAAGAAGCCUUUUUCCGCUGCAGCACCUGCAGCUAUGGUGUUCAAGUCGAUAUUGACCGUGGCAAGAUUGCCGAGCCCACUGUCUGCCCCCGCGACUCCUGCAAGGAGAAGAACUCAAUGCAGCUCCUCCACAACCGUUGUGGAUUCUCCGAUAAGCAAGUUAUUAAGCUUCAAGAGACCCCAGACAACAUUCCUGAUGGGCAGACUCCUCAUUCGGUGUCUCUCUGUGUUUACGAUGAGUUGGUUGAUGUCUGCAAGGCUGGUGAUCGUGUGGAGGUGACUGGUAUCUUCCGCUGCAACCCAAUGCGCGUCAGUGCUCGCCAGCGAUCCCAGAAAGCUCUCUUCAAGACCUAUAUCGAUGUUCUUCAUGUUCAAAAGGUUGAUCGCAAGAAGAUGGGUAUUGAUAUGUCUACCGUUGAACAAGAGAUGUCUGAGCAGGCCGCAGAUGCCGAGCAGGGUCGCCACAUCUCAGCCGAAGAAGAAGCAAAGAUCAAGCGAACCGCGUCCCGUCCCGACAUUUACGAGCUUCUGUCUCGUUCUCUGGCUCCUAGUGUUUACGAAAUGGAUGACGUGAAGAAGGGUAUCCUACUCCAAAUGUUCGGAGGUACCAACAAGACCUUUCAAAAAGGAGGUAACCCGCGCUACCGUGGUGACAUUAACGUGCUUCUAUGCGGUGAUCCUUCAACAUCCAAGUCGCAGCUGCUGCGCUACGUUCACAAGAUUGCCCCCCGUGGUGUCUAUACCAGUGGUAAGGGUUCCUCGGCUGUUGGUCUAACUGCCUAUGUUACCCGUGACCCGGAGACCAAGCAAAUGGUUUUGGAAUCCGGUGCUUUGGUUCUGUCUGAUGGUGGUGUAUGCUGUAUUGAUGAGUUUGACAAGAUGAACGAGGCCACACGGUCCGUCCUUCACGAAGUUAUGGAACAGCAGACCGUGUCUAUCGCCAAGGCCGGCAUUAUCACAACCCUGAACGCACGAACAUCCAUCCUGGCCUCUGCCAACCCCAUCGGCAGUAGGUACAACCCCAAACUUGCUGUUCCCCAGAACAUCGAUCUGCCCCCUACCCUGCUUUCUCGUUUCGACUUGGUCUACCUGGUCCUUGACCGUGUGGAUGAAACGGAGGAUCGUCGCCUGGCCAAGCACUUGGUCGGCAUGUACCUUGAAGACAACCCCGAGAACGCCAGCUCUGAGGAAAUUUUGCCUGUUGAAUUCCUCACAGCCUACAUCACAUACGCCAAGACCAAUUGCCACCCUGUCAUUACCCCUGCCGCCGGCUCUGCUCUCAUCGAGGCCUAUGUCGCUAUGCGACAGCUGGGUGACGAUAUCCGUGCACAGGAGCGCCGUAUCACGGCCACUACCCGUCAACUAGAGUCCAUGAUUCGACUGUCCGAGGCCCACGCCCGUAUGCGUCUGUCUCCUGAAGUCACCGCUGGUGAUGUCGAAGAGGCCGUCCGCCUCAUUCGCUCCGCCAUCAAGCAAGCGGCCACUGAUGCCCGCACUGGUCUCAUCGACAUGGGUCUCUUGACUGAAGGUACCAGUUCUGCCGACCGUCGUCUCCGCGAGGACCUGAAGAAGGCUGUCUUGUCUCGCCUUGACGAGCGCGGUGGUGUGACUGGAGGCUCCGUCCGCUGGACCGACCUCUUCCGGGACCUCAGCGAGCAGAGCGACAACAAGGUCGACCACAACCAGUUCACUGAUGUGGUUCGUGCGCUCGAGACGGAGGGUUCUGUGAAUGUGUUUGGUGAAGGUCCUCGCCGCAGUAUUCGUCGGGCGGCGAUGAGCAUGUCCUAG